AUGGAAAAUGAAUCAUUCAAUCCUUUAUAUCUAUUAGAUAAAAAUCAACCUUUUGAUUCUGAAAAGUUAAAAUUAUUAGAUAAUGUGGUUGAAGCAUUAUUAGAUACAAAAGAUAAAAAUAGAAGAGAUUUUGCACAAAAUUUAUUAAAUCAAUUUAAAAUGUUAGAUAAUGCUUGGAGAUCUGUAUCAAUUAUAUUAGAACAUAGUGAAAAUGUAAAUACAAAAUUUUAUGGCUUACAAAUAUUAGAAGAAUGUAUUAAUAAUAAAUGGAAUAUUCUCCCUCCAGAAGAAAAAGAAGGAAUGAAAAAUUUCAUUGCUUGUUAUACUAUAACUUUAUCAACAGAAGGAACAACGAUAGGAAUAGAUAGACAUUUAUUAAACAAAUUAGAUGAAACAUUAAUUCAAAUAGUAAAAAAAGAAUGGCCAGAUUCUUGGUCUAGUUUUAUUCCAGAUAUAGUAAAUUCAGCUAAGUUAAACCAAAAUGUUUGUGAGAAUAAUAUGAAAUUAUUAAAUAUGUUAAGUGAAGAAGUAUUUGAAUUUGGAAAUGAAACAUUAAUUAAAAAAAAAAAAGAAAAAUUAAGAAAUGAAUAUGCUAGUCAAUUUCAAGAAGUAUAUAAUUUAUGUUUGUAUAUAUUAGAGGCAAAUGUUUAUAAUAAAAGGAGUACUAAUACUUCUUUAAUUAAACAAACAUUAAAUUGUUUAUCAAAUUUUUUUAAAUGGAUACCAUUAACUUACAUCUUUGAUAAAUAUAAAUUUAAUGAUAAUAAUAUUCAAAUAAUUGAUUUACUAUUUGAUCAUUUUUGGGAUGAUAUUUCUUAUAAGAUAGAAUGUGUAAAAUGUAUACAAGAAAUUGUUAUGCUAAAAAUUGAUGAAAAAAAUAUCAUAUAUUUUGAUAAUGUAUUUAUAAAUUUAUGGUCAAAAUUAGUAAGCAAAAUUAAAUUAUUACCAAAUGCCAAUGAAAUGAAAAAUAUUCCUCCUGAAUUAAAAAUUUUUUGGGAACAAUAUUUUUUACAAUUAAGCAUUUGUAUUACAAGUUUUUUAAAAAAUUAUAGAGAGAAAAUUGUAGAAAAAAAUAACAAUACAAAUGAUGUAAAUACUGUAUUUAAAUUUUUAAAUAUGCUUGCUAAUAGUAAUAUGGAAGAAGUAUUUUUAAUUAUUAUAGAUUAUUAUAAUAUAUUUACAGAACAAUUAAUAAGAGAAUUAAUAACACGAUUAGAGCAAGAACAUAAUUUAAAAAAUAAAAAUUGUUCUAAUUCAUCAACAGAGUUAAAAAACUCUUUAACAUCAAUCGCAUCCUUAAAUUUGGAAUCAUCAUCAUUAAGUAAUAGAAAAUCCUAUAGUUUUGCAACCAUGAAUAAUGAUAUAAAUGCAACUAAUAAUAAAGCAAUUAAUAUUAAUGAAUAUUCAUCUAUUUUAGAUAAGAUAGAUUUAACACCUACUGAAAUUAGAAAAAUGUGUCCAAGAAUAAAAUUAUAUGAAUUUAUUUUAAAUGAUAUUAGAAAAACUGUUAUUGAAAAGAUGGCAAAACCUCAAGAAAUUUAUAUUUCUUAUGAUAAUGAGACAGGAGAAGUAGUGAGGGAUUUUGAACCAGAUACAACAGAAAUAGCUUUAUAUAAUACUAUGAAAACAACUUUAGUAUACUUAACAUAUUUAGGCUCAGAAAAAACAAUGGAACUAAUAGUAGAGUUAUUAAACAAGGAAUCUGAAAAGUCUUUAAAGAAUACUAACAAAAAUGAAGUAUGGAAUAGUACUAAAACAAAUAGAAUAAGUUAUGCUGUUGGUUCUAUAUCUAUGUGUAUGACACUUAAAAAGGAACAAGAUUUUUUAAUGUAUAUAUUAAGAAUAUAUUUACAUAUGAUAGAAGUAAAAAAUGGAGAAGAAAAUAGAGCCAUAUUAGCUUCAUGUGUUAUGUAUAUAGUUAGUCAAUAUCAUAGAUUUUUGAAACUUCAUUGGAGAUUCUUAAAGACAGUUAUGAAAAAAUUAUUUGAAUUUGCUGAAAAUGAGAAAGUACAAGAUAUGGCAGCAGAAACUAUUUUAAAAAUUUGUAAACAAUGUAAAAAUGUGAUUGCUAAGAAUAAUCAUUCUAAUGAUAACAAUGAAUCAUUUUUUAGUACUUUUAUUAAAUUUCAUAAUAAUAUCAUGCAUAAAUUACCAGAAAAAUUAAAUCUUCUUCUAUAUGAAGCUAUUGCACAUGUGAUUUCUUGUUUUCCUUAUGAAGAAAAACAAGAAAGCAUAAAAAUUUUGAUGAGUAAAUUAAUGAAUUUAUGGAAUUCUUUAAUAUAUUCUAAUAAUGGAGUUAAAGAUAUAAAUAACCAAAAUUCUCUAAAUAAUAAUUUAAGUAAUAACCCUGAUGAUAUGAAAAAUUUAGAACAUUUAUGUACUUAUGAAAAUUCAAAAUUAAUUAUUACUUUUGUAAGAGUAAAUUGUAGAUUAGCUUAUGCGUUAUCAUAUUUUUAUUAUGAACAAUUAUCUUUAGUAUUUUUAGAUUUCUUAAGAAUUUAUCAACUAUAUAGCAAGUUCAUUAAUUUAGAAGUAGAAACGAAUGGGACGAAAAGAAUUAAACAUGCUCAAUUUAGAAAUUUAUUUUUAAUGAAAAGAGAAUUUUUACAUUUAAUUGAAACUACUAUAGAAAGAAGUUGUUAUAAUAUACAAGAAUUAGAAGAAGAAUUAUUAAAAAGGGAACAAAAAAAAUUGAAAAAUGAAAUAGAUGAAUCUAUGGAUAUUCCCCUACCAACUAUUGAAGAAGCAAAACAAAUUAAUUUUCAAAUGACUAGUAAUAUAUUAAAUGUUUUAUUAGAAACAAUAUUAGUUGAUUAUAGGGAUAGUAAUCCACAUAUAAAAGAUGCAGAAGUAUUUUCUUUAUUAUCAACUGUAUUUAAAAAAAUUGAAAAUGUUACUUGUCCUAUUUUGCCAACAGUAUUAAAUUAUGUUUUAUUACCAACUAUUGAUAUGAUAAAAAAUGAUUUCUCUUCUUAUCCUGAACAUAGAGAAAAAUUUUACAAUUUUCUAGAUGCAUGUGUUAAGCACUGUUUUGAUUAUUUAUUUACUUUAGAUUCAGAAAUAUUUAAUACUUUUAUUCAAUCAUUAUUAUGGGCAAUCAAGCAUGAACAUCCAUCCGUUGCUGAUCAUGGUUUAAGAAUAACUCACCAAUUUCUUCAUAAUAUUAUUAUAAAGAAAAAAGAAUACUUAGAAGAAUUUUGUAAAGCAUUUUACUAUAUUAUAUUAAAUGAAAUUUUUAAAACAUUAACAGACUCUUUUCAUAAAUCAGGUUUUCAUUAUCAAACCAUAAUUCUCAUGAAUUUACUGAGAUUGCUUGAAUUUGAAGUAGUAAAUAUCCCUGAUGCAGAAAUAACAAAACCUCAUAUAAUAAAACAUGUGCAAACCUUCUUAUCACAAUCAUUUGAAAAUUUAAAUCAAAAGCAAAUUGAAACAUUUUCAGUAGACUUAUUUAAUUUUUGCGUUGAGUCACCAUCCGCUUUUAGAUCAUUUGUUAGAGACUUAUUAAUAUCCCUUAAGGAGUUUGCUACUAAUCAAGAUGAACUUUAUGAAGCUGAUAGACAAGAAGCAUUGCAAAGAGCAAAGUUAGCAGAAGAUAAUAAACUUAUUAAGUUAAGAGGGUUAAUGAAAGAAGAUGUUCCAAGUUUUUCAGCUAUUGAUGUUGAUGACGAAUGCAUAAAUAUAGAAUAA